AUGGCACUCACGUAUUUGCCACUCGCUAUUCUGGUACUAUCGAGUAGUGUUGUGAGUGGCGACAUUAACAGCACUGUCGGUCCUCCAACGCUUGCUAAAGCAAGCUUAGACCCCAAAAGACGAAACGACUUAGUCGAUGAAGCAUUUUUAGAGCAAAAGGACAUCUUGUUAGAUAUGCUGGAAGCAAAACUAAAAGAAGUACGUGAUAAAAAGAAGAAAAAGACAGAUCAUGUUGAAAGUAACAUUACAGUUGUAGAACCUAUUAAAUGUGAAAUAUUACCAAAAAGCGCAGACUUAGAUAUAAAGGGAAACGGUGUAAUAUCAGUUGGUGAAGCAGAUGUACACUUAAAGUUUGGAGAGUUUGGAAAUAGCACAUUGAAUUUUAAUGCUACUGGAAUAUCUAAUAUAGGAAAAACUUAUGUCAAUUUAGUAAUUGGUGAUGGUACAUUAAAUAUUCCUAGAUUAAAGGAUAUAUUUUCUGGUUCACCAUUGAUCAGAAAUCCUUGUGAAAAGCAAGAUAAAAUAAGAAGUCCUACAGGAAAUAAUAGUAGCGCAUAUAAUGUUAACCUUAAUGAAAGUAUAUUUAGAAGAAGCCUUGAGGUAAACAAUUCACUUGCCUUAAACAAUCCUGGUAAUACAACUGGCAAUACUUUAUCUACUGAUGAAACGAAUAAAAUUGAUGACGUACCAACGACAAUAUUAGAUGGAAAUUUCACAACUCAAGAUAAUGACAAAAUUGAUAAUAAU